AUGGCUCUUAUUCCAACCUUUGGGACCGGCCUUUUCAUCGGGGCCGGCCAGGCCCUCGCUGCCGGAGGUCCAGCAUCAUUACUCGGUUCAUAUGUACUGAUAUCUGUGUUAACAUACUGCUUGACGACAGCCAUUGCAGAGAUUGCAGCUCACCGGCCAGCACUCAAUGGUACAAUGGUGGCGCACAGCUAUGAAUAUGGUUCGAACCACUUGGGAUUCUCUCUGGGCUACCUCCGCUGGUACUCCCUAGCGAUGAUGGUCCCGUUUGAGAUCACCACCGCCAUGGUCAAUCUUGGCCUGUGGAGUCCUGAGCCUAGAAUGGCGGUGCGAAUCUCGAUGGUCACGGUCGUGAUCCUUGUAUUCAACAUGCUUCCGCAACGGGCUUUCAGACGAACAGAGACAGUGUUUACCGGAUUGAAAAUCGUUACUACUGCGGGAAUGGUGGCUUUCUCGCUGUAUCUGGCCAUUCGAGGUCUUCCGGGGACCCCUAUACGAGGCUUCCGUUACUGGCACGAACCUGGACCCCUGAACGAGUACCUGGUUCAUGGCAAUCUCGGACGCUUUUUGGGUUUCCUGCAGAGCCUCCUGUACAGUGUGAUCUCUUUCACCUUGACUCCAGAAAUAACCGUCCAAAGAGCCGAGCGUUCCAACACCGAACGAGGUCCUAGCAUCCUGAGCAUGGCCCGGGUUGAUAGCAUCCACUUCUUCGCGCUUCACAUUCUAAGUGUGUUUAUGAUGACUUUCGUCAGCCCGUUUGACGAGCCUCGAUUGACCAACCAUGGUAUGGGCGCUGGGACAACACCGUUCGUCGUGGGCCUCAUCCGAGCCAAUCUCCCUGCCUUACGGAUUGCUGUUACCGUACUUAUUUUCCUCUCGUCUGUCGCCUCUGGACGCUCGUUCCUCUACAUAUCUUCUCGCACACUGUACACGUUAGCCGAUUAUGGGCAUGCCCCUGCAAUGUUUACCAGGCGCAAUAGAUACGACGUGCCCUAUGUGGCCAUUAUCACAUCUGCACUGUUUUCGGUGUUUGCCUAUCUGUCCCUUGCAGAGUCCAGCUCAGCACUUUUCAACUCGCUGAUGUACUUCAUCACUACGUCCGGCUCCAUCUCAUGGCUAUGCUCGUGCAUCAUUUACCUUCGUUUCCGAAGAAAGACAGAUGAGCAGGGAGUUUUUCGGGUGCACCAGUCCCGCAUCCAGCCCUACGGAGUGUAUAUUGGUAUCCUGGGUUGCACUCUGCUGCCCAUGGCCAACGCUCUCAUUCUUGCAUUUCCAGCGCCGUCGCGAGAGGAGACUCCCGUCGAGUCAUGGUCUGAACUGAGGCUUGGGAAUGCUAUUCCUGUGUACCUGGGAAUUGGCUCGUUCAUUUCGCUGUACUUCGGUCACCAGGUGCGAUCAAUUAUUUUCCAACGGACAUCCAAAUCGGACCGGGACAGCGUUGAAGCCAAUGCGACCACGCACCAAAGCUGGUGGAGAACUCUGUGGCCGGAGCGUGAUGGGCUGUCACCAAGUGUCUCACGGAGUGCCCGCACGCCAAAUACGUUGGAGCCAUGAGAAGUAAUUGUCCAUCCUAAAACUGUC